UACAUAAACUACAUCACUCAUUUAAUCGUCUCGAGAAAGACGGAUCGUUUGUAGACGAAGUUUCGCCAAUAUUGAUGUGAUGUCACACUAUCAAACUUUUGCGUGAAGUUUCUGGGAAGUAUUCCGAAAAUAUACAUUUUGAAGGAUUGGUAUAUUCGGGUCGUUAGAUUGACGCAUUGCUUCGUCCCACUGCUUGGAUCAAAUUUAGUGCAACGAGGGCUCAGCUAUCGUGUUUUGAAUACCAAUCGUAGGACCAACCUGUGCUCUUGAUGAUUAAGUGAUAUGUGAUUCACGGCACUUUUGGUUUCAUUCAGCGAGGUACGUGAGUUGUUUCACUGAGUUGUGGAACCACCACCCGGCCGAAAAGCAACAGGUGGAUUAAUUAAGUCGCAUCAAGUUCUUUUCUAGUAUCAGCAAGCAACCGAAAACAUUCCCACUCAUAAAAAUGUUUACCAAAAUCGUCCUCGUUGCCGUUACCCUUGCUUGCGUUAAUGGAAAGCCAUUGGUUGCAGCUCCAGUCGUGGCCGCUGCACCAGCUGUAGUAACUGCCCAGAGUUCUCAAUACAUUGCUCGCAACUAUAACGGAAUCGCUGCCGCUUACACCGCUCCAGUUGCUGCAGCCUAUACUGCCCCAGUUGCUGCCGCCUAUACUGCUCCAGUUGCCGCUGCCUAUACUGCUCCAGUGGCCGCUACCUACACUGCUCCAUUGGGUGCUGCAUACACUGCUCCUGUGGCUGCUGCAUACACGGCUUCUCCAUAUGCUGCCGCGUAUACCACCUACGCUACCUCUCCAUACUAUCCUUAUGUUUUGUAAUUUAUCUCGCACCCUAUCCAAUAAACACCGUUGUUGCAUGAUUUGAA